GCUCAAUGUGUUAGCGUGCACGUGACGAUUCGGCAUCGACCCGAAUCAUUGCCGGUCAGUCUAAAUCCCUUAUUUCCGCUUCUGACGACUGCGGCUCAACGACGGUUCCUGCUUUAUGUCAUUUGGAACUUCGUCUGGAUGCCCGAAACUCAUUGGAGCGUCGUACAAGGCGUGCUCCGUAGUGUGGUUCGCUUUCUGCUUUGCCCAAUCCACCGAUGACAAUUUCUGUCUUGAAAGGGCAAGUCUUCGAGCAUGCACGACGAUCAGCACGGCACAUGGAGCUGUAUGGGUUUGAGAUGAACAGUAUGAUUUCACUGCUGACCGGGACAACGGCUUGUGCUGAUUUCAUGUUUGAACCUUGGAUCCAAUCCGUGGCUAGUGCAUCCAACCGUUCCGGAAUCUGCGAGUCACGUGCUGAAACCGCGCGUUGGUUGGCCUGAUAAUGGUAAAAACAUAGUGCAAGCUUUCAGCACUUCUGACCAUUGAAGCCGUCGUCGAUAUAGAUCCAGCACCAAUGCGCAGCACUCCAAGAACUAGAAGCCGGAGCCAUUGGGACGUCCGGAUCGUAGUGGCAAGAAACCGGACCAGGCAAGUUACUGGUCCGAGCGAACUGAGUGCCUUCCCUUCAAUUUGUGGCUUCCGUGCUGAGAAGUCGGGACUGAAGAUGCAACCUCUGAUGGUUGUCGAGCCUUUCCAGAAUUCGAAAGCGAGUAGACGGCGACCGGCGAACUUCCUAGCAGUCGGCUUAGUUAUACAUUGCAUUGCAGGACAGCUUGAUCCAGGGUUUUGCGAC